AUGCAUAGAGUGAAUGGAUGGACAUGUAGAUGGCUCUCAAAAGGAGGAAAGAAAGUGUUGAGUAAAUCCAUUCUGUCAGCUCUUCCGACUUACGUAAUGUCUAUUUUCCUGCUCCCUUUGGAGAUUUGUAAAAACAUAGCAAGUGCCAUUGCUCAAUUCUGGUGGAGUUCGAAUCCACCAAAAAAUGGAAUACACUGGGCGAAAUGGGAAAAAGUCUAUUUACCAAGAGAGGAAGGUGGCAUUGGUUUCCGUAUGAUCCAUGAGUUCAACUUGGCACUAUUGGCAAAACAACUGUGGAGGCUUGUUCAAUUUCCUAAUUCUUUGGUUGCCCGAGUUCUGAAAGGAAGAUACUAUAGAUUGAGUUCACCACUUAGAGUGAACUCUGCUAGUAGCCCAUCGUAUGUGUGGACUAGCAUUUCUACUGCGAGAAUGUUGUUAUUAUUGGGUAACAGACAGAAGAUACAUUCAGGUUAUGAAGUAAAGGUGUGGGAGGAUCCGUGGAUUCCAACGACCCAUGCGAGACCAGCUGUCCCUGUAGCGCCAAUAAUACAUCCUAAUAUGAGAGUUAGCGACCUCAUUAAUCAGGGAACGAAGGAAUGGGAUGUUGGCCUUUUGGAGAAUUAUGUCAACCUUGAUGACAUACCACUUAUAAGGAGUUUGGCCAUAAGCUCAACUCAUCGUCGUGAUACAUUCUGCUGGAACUACACAAGGAAUGGCCAAUACACGGUUAAAUCUGGAUACUGGGUGGCUCGGAAUUUAUUAAAGACAGAGGAGGAGAAGGAAGUCUUGGAGCCGAGUAUCACUAAGCUUCAAGCAUUUGCGUGA